AUGAUUGGACUGGGACUAUCUGGUGUGUACUUCUACAACACCGAUGUGGUGGAGAUAACUGGACGACGCCGCUUCAAUAUGGUAUCUGCAAAGAUGGAACUGGAAAUGGGCGAACAGACCUACCGCCAGGUUCUCAACGAGGAGCGCGGCAAGAUUCUUCCCGACGGCCACCCCGUCACACAGCAAGUGGACCGAGUCUUACAGCGUUUAAUUCCUCUGGCACCUAUCGAGGGUGCUGACUGGAAAGUCCAUGUCAUCGCCGAUCCUAACAUGAAGAAUGCGUUUGUACUUCCGGGAGGGAAAGUAUUUGUCUACACUGGCAUUUUGCCCGUUUGUCAAGAUGAUGACGGACUUGCGGCUGUCCUGGGACAUGAAAUUGCGCAUGUUGUGGCACAUCACCCAGCGGAGCGUGCAAGUAACAGCUUCAUCACUGUGGGGGUUGCGUUGUUUGUUGCGCUGUUGCUUGAUUUCUCUGGACAGGCUAGCUCGGCUAUCAUGAACUACAUGUAUAGUCUGCCAAACUCCCGGACACAGGAGGCCGAAGCAGACCACAUUGGAUUGUUGAUGAUGUCCAAGGCUUGCUUCAAUCCGGAAGCUGCUGUUAGGUUAUGGCAGCGCAUGCAGCAACUAGAAAAGCAGGCACCACCAGAAUUCUUGUCCACUCACCCCUCCAGUUACAAUCGCGAAGAAGCCAUCCGUGGCUGGCUCGAAAAAGCAGAAAACAUAUACGCAGAGAAUGGCUGCAGUUCCCUUGGAAGUUACAUGCCCCAGUUUCAAAAUGCGCUGCGUUCGCAAGUUGUGCAUCAACUGGCGAGUUCCCCUCGUGCAAACGGAGCAAACCCACCAUCCCCGAGCUCCCAAAAAAUCCCCGGCACAACUCGACCAAGCAUCGACAUCCCCCCCCUCAUAUCCCCGUCGCAUCUUUCUCAGACGCGACUACUCACAAUGUCGCUAUCAAUUCCCGGGCCCUCCCAAGCGGGCCUUUUCAAGGCCGGGUACCAGAGUCACGACUCCGAAGAUGGAGCUGUCAUCCGUAACAUCGAGGCCUGCCAGGCCAUCUCGCAGACUGUGCAGACCUCCUUAGGCCCCUACGGCCGCAACAAGAUCGUCAUCAACCACUUGCAGAAGAUGAUCCUCACCUCCGACGCCGCCACCAUCCUGCGCGAGUUGGAUGUUGUCCACCCUGCUGCCAAGCUGCUUGUCAUGGCCAGUCAGCAACAGGAUGCCGAGAUGGGCGAUGGUACCAACUUGGUCAUUGUUCUGGCCGGCGAGUUGCUGAAGAAGGCGGAGGAGCUCAUUCGGUUGGGAUUAAAGACCAGCGAUAUUGUUUCAGGUUACGAAAAGGCACAGAACUUCGCUCUUAAGGUUCUAGAGGAUCUCGAGGUCGACCGUCUCCAGGAUAUGCGUUCGAAGGAAGAACUUAGCAAGGCUCUUCGCACAGUCGUGGCUAGCAAGCAGUCUGGCACUGAGGAUAUCUUGGCUGGUUUGGUAGCAGAUGCUGUCCUUGCGGUUCUGCCCAAGAACGCCGCUAACUUCAACGUCGAUAACGUGCGUGUUGUUAAGAUUAUGGGUGGUAGCUUGGAGCAGUCCAAGGUUGUCAAGGGUAUGGUGUUCGGACGUGAGCCGGAUGGAGUUGUCAAGUCGGCCAAGAGAGCCAAGGUCGGUGUGUUCAGCUGCCCGAUUGAUGUCUCCCAAACCGAGACCAAGGGUACGGUUCUGUUGAAGAACGCCCAGGAGAUGAUGGAUUAUACCAAGGGUGAGGAGGAGCGUCUUGAGACUGCCAUCAAGGAGCUAUACGACUCUGGUCUCCGUGUGGUUGUUGCUGGUUCCACCGUUGGCGAGCUGGCCCUCCACUACCUUAACCGUUUCAACAUCCUGGUUAUCAAGAUUCUGUCCAAGUUUGAGCUCCGCCGUCUGUGCCGAGUUGUCGGUGCCACCCCCCUGGCUCGUCUGGGUGCCCCUAUGCCCGAUGAGAUGGGUCAAGUCGAUGUUAUCGAGACUACUGAGAUUGGCGGUGACCGUGUCACUGUCUUCCGUCAAGAGGACGUUAACGCCGUUACCCGCACUGCCACUAUUGUGCUCCGCGGUGCUACUCAGAACCACCUUGAGGACGUUGAGCGCGCCAUUGAUGAUGGUGUGAACGUUGUCAAGGCCAUCACUAAGGACCCUCGUCUGGUUCCCGGUGCUGGUGCUACUGAGAUCCAGCUCGUUGAGCGUAUCAGCAACUUUGCUGACAAGACCCCUGGUCUGCCCCAGCACGCCAUCCGCAAGUACGCCGAGGCCUUCGAGGUCAUUCCCCGCACCCUCGCUGAGUCUGCUGGUCUGGAUGCCACCGAGGUUCUCUCCCGUCUGUACACCGCACACCACCGCUCUACUCCCGCCACAGCGGAAGAGGAGUCAUCUGAGGAGGAAGAUCAAUACUGGUCCACCGGUGUGGACCUUGAGACUGGCCCUGACUCCGACGGUACUCUCGAUGCCGUGGAUGAGGGUAUUCUUGACCUGUUGGCCUCAAAGAGCUGGGCUAUCCGUCUGGCCAGCGAGGCUGCCCGGACAGUGCUGAGCGUCGAUCAGAUCAUCGUGGCUCGCCAAGCCGGUGGACCUAAGCCCCCUGGUCCCAAUGCCAACUGGGAUGAGGAUUAA